CACAAAAUCUGCCCCAUCGUCCCUCCAUUCUCUCCCACUCUCCGAAAACAUCUCUGAGAAAGGUAAAAGGAAAAACGCCCAAAUUUCCCGAACCCUAAAAUUUACAAAAUCAUCAGAAAUCCAUCGCAUAAUUUCAAUUAGCCACCCAUACUCCAAUUCCCCCUUCGCACUUCCGACCUCCUCCCCCGCCGCCGCCCUACAAAUCUGUCCUCGACGUUGACCUCCCCCGCCGCCUUCGUUUCCGUUCACUUGCCGGUUCGUUUCGCUCUUCCGUUUCCCUGAACAAAAUCGACGCUCUACCAUUAAUUCGUUUUCCUUGCUUUUUUGUUCCUGUCAAUAUUCUUUUUGUCACUCCUCUAUAACUAAGAAAAAAGAAUGGCGAGACAAUCCCGAUUUUGGGUUUUCUCCGCCGGAUUGCAUCUAGGGUUUCUCCACUGAAUCAAUUUCCUUGCAAGUCAAAUGGACUGAUUAAUGAUGCGUCUAGUCUUUCCCAGCCAUGCCGAAGCUGAUUGUGAUAUGUCAGUCGGGAGGUAAGUUUGUCGCAGCGGGGAACGGCGUCCUGUCCUACUCCGGCGGAGAAGCGCACGCGUUGAGCAUCAGCCGGGAGAGCAAGUUCGAUGAAUUGAAGGGAGAGAUGGCCGAGAUGUGGAAGUACGAUCCUAACUCCAUCAUCGUCAAGUACUUCGUCCCAAACAACAACCGGACGCUUAUCACCGUCUCCUCCGACAAGGACUUGCAGCGCCUGCUCGAUUUCCAUGAGGAUUCCGGCACGGUCGACGUCUACGUCCUUACCAAUGCAGAAGCCGCCGCCAAUGAGACUGCUCUUACCACAACGUCCACAGGGUAACUGUGUUAACCAGUCUCUUCCGUCUCCAUUGUUUUAUUAUUAUAUCAACCAAGUGCAUUAUUGCCUGCAAUUUGGUGUUUACUUUCCUUCUGAUUUCAACUGCGUUUCUCUGGGGUGUUAAAAGUAAGUCUGCCAAGGCAACUGCGUCCAGAUCUCGAGCUGCAGCUGCAAGCCGCAGGAGAGCCAGGGAGGAAGCAGCACUAGGCAGAGAGCAAGAGCAGCAGGUCGCUACCGCAGAGCUCGAGCAAGCACAAGUGAUGAACGGAGGAGAGGCCGCAACCUUGACUGCAGCACCUGGUAGCCCGCUGAACAUCACUCCGGUAGCAAGCAUCAUCACCGACGGUACCCCAGCCCCACCACGGCAGAUGAGGACUAGCACGCCCUGUGCUCUCGACGUGAUCGGAGAGCAGAAGCUUCAGAAAGUGUGGGAGACCUGCGUCACUGGACUCCACCAGCAGUUCAACAAUGUUGGUGAAGUACGUGAAGCUUUUCGCCGUUACUCCCUCGCUCAAGGGUUCACCAUCAAGUUCAAGCACAAUGAUUCCAUGCGAGUGAGCGCAAAGUGCAAGGCCGAAGGUUGCACGUGGAGGAUUUACGCCUCCAAACUGUCCACCACUCAGUUCUUCCGAACCAAGAAGUUCAUCGACACCCACACCUGUGGUGCUGGCACUGCCUCCGCAGCACCUCCUCAUGCAUCCAGAAAACUGGUCGCAACCAUUGUAAAAGAGAAGCUGCUCAGCACUCCCAACUUCAAACCUAAAGAAAUCGCCAAAGAGAUACAGGAGGAAUUUGGGAUUGAGCUGAGAUAUUCCCAGGCUUGGCGAGGAAUGGAAGCUGCAAGGCAGGAGCUACAAGGCUCUUACAAAGAAUCAUAUAAUCUGCUCCCAUGGCUGCGCGAGAAGCUGAUGGAGACCAAUCCAGGUAGCGUCGUUUCCCUCAAUACCUCCGACGACUCAACAUUCCGCCGCUUCUUUGUCUCCAUGCACUCUUCCAUAUUUGGGUUCGAGAAUGGCUGCCGUCCUCUUAUUUUCCUGGACGAGAUGUCGGUGAGGUCAAAGUACCAAUCGGAGCUACUCACCGCAACAGCAAUCGAUGGGAAUGAUGGGAUUUUCCCGGUGGCAUUUGCCGUGGUGGACACCAUUAACGAGGAGAACUGGCACUGGUUUCUCGAGCAGCUCAAGUCUUCUCUUUCCAUGUCACAGUCUAUCACCUUUGUCUCGGAUCGACAGAUAGGUUUGAGACAAUCAAUCGCCAUGCUUUUCCAAAACUCCUACCAUGGCUUCUGCGUCCAACGGCUUUCGGACGAGUUGCUGAAGGAUCUCAGAGGGCCGUACACUCAAGAAGUCGUCGAUGUCCUUGUUGCUCACAUGUAUGAUGCUGCUAGGGCAUCUACUCGGGAAGGUUUUAUGAAAUCCAUGGACAGUAUCAAGAGCAUUUCCCCGGAAGCUUGGGAAUGGAUACUGCAGAGCGAGCCGGAACACUGGGCCAACCACAUCUUUGUGGGUUCACGCUACAACCAUAUCUCGUCAGGAGUCGCGGAGUCGUUCUACAGCUGGGUUCCUGAGAUUCAAAUGCCCAUCGUCCAGUUCGUGGACACGAUUCGGCAGAAGAUUAUGGAGCUUAUCUACACCAGAAAGGUGGAAUCGGAGCAGUGGGUUUCUCGAGCGACUCCAAUCUUGGAAGAGAAGCUCCAGAAGGAAAUAAUGAAGGCGCAGUCGCUGCAGGUGUUUGCGUCCCAGACGGCAGAGAACACCUUCGACGUGAGGGAUUACUUUGGUUCGGUCAACCACACGGUCAAUGUGGAGUUGUGGAGUUGUUCUUGUAGGGAUUGGAGACACAAUGGAUACCCGUGCUCGCAUGCCGUGGCUGUGCUUCAGGGGAUCGGAAGGGAUCCGUAUGACUACUGUGCCAAGUACUACUCGACGGAAGCUUUUCGGCUGACGUAUAGGGAACCCAUCAACCCGGUUGCCACGACGAAUCGUCCAGUGCACGGAGAAGGGUUGGUUUCGGUACUAGUGCAGCCACCAGCUCUGCGUAAAUUGUCGGGACCGCCGAAGCAGCGGAGGAUUAGGAAUAAAGGCGUGAUCAAACGUCCAUUGCACUGCAGCAAGUGCAAAGGAGCAGGGCACAACAGAGCUACUUGCCAUGUUUUCUCCUAGGCAUGAUGUAGUGUUAUAGGUUGACAAUCAGAUCUCGUCUUUUUUAUUUUAAUUAGCCUAAUUUUAUGAUGAUCCUAGGAGUUAGUGGAGUUGGAGCUUGCCUGAAAAUGCUUUGCGGGGUGAGAUGCGCUUAAAAUGUUCUACUAGUUAGUUUUUUUCCAGAGAGAUGUCAAGUAAACAAUAUUAGGACGGAAAGAACAUUCCCAAAUUUCUUACAAACGACUCUUUAACUUCAAAUAAAUAAAUAAAUAAAUGAAAUAGGCAUGAUUUAA